AUGCGAUUAUCGUUUCCAAAUCGCAUGCUCAAUUUGGCAGCUAGAUUUUCCCCGGCUGGACACAUACACGUGGUCGACCCACAUGUAUUUUUGCUACCGACAACGUUCCGAGAUCUGAAAGCCUUGGAAGAAAAUGUGAAGGCGCGUGGCAUGCGAGUUGACGUCACCGCCACUUAUGAAGCCUACCAAAGAUGGUGGAAACUGUAUGCAUGCUAUGUGGAACGGGUGCAGACGGAGGCCGGACUUCCAUUGAUCCGAGAAGCCAAACGGGAUAUGAAAGCGGCGUAUUCUGGGCUGCUCGGGGCCCUGGCUUUACCGAAUUCACUUGACCCUGUUGUCGACAAGUCUCCGUCCACCAGCACUGGCAAAUAUGUGUCCAAUCAUGUGGCUUACCUCAACAAGAAUGGCCUACUUUCGUUUAACAAGGAGGUCAACACAAUCAACAUGUUAGGAUAUUUGCCUGCUUGGAGCCGGACACUAAGGGAGCUUUUCCUGAACAAAUUCCCUGGUGCGGUGGUGAUCUCGCCUUCGAACUUUGCCCGAGCAGCGGUCAUAGAAGGUUGUCACGAAGAAGCGUCGAAUUUUAGUGGCUUUACCGAAGGAACCGCCGCAACGCCGGAAAUGUAUCUCGUUGGGAACUCUCUACCGUCCCUGGUCUCCACGUUUGUCCGAGCGAAGUUUUCAUAUCCUGCUGAUUUUUGGCCGGUGUCUCUUCACUCUGCCGGACCGAAAUAUCACGCGCAAGGUGGGCUGGAUCUUAUUUCGUGUCGACAGCGCGAUGUCUAUGUGCAACUGAUCAUGCACUAUGGCGAAGAUGGGAUAAAUCAAGCAAAUGAAAAAGUCAAGGCGAUAAUAGCUGACCUAUUACGAGAGCUAGGACUGUCGGUAAACAAAUGCGAAUUGUCUGCUUCGCAGUUGUAUUUGAGCGAACGACGUGCCAUCAGCUUUUCUAUUGGAGACGUCGAGCUAGCCAGAAUAUCCUAUCUUGGUGACCACAUAUCGAGACGCUUGAAUGUACAACAUGAAACAGGAUUUAUGCAUAUGGGUUUCGCUGCAGUUGAUAUUUACCGAUUGAUUGCCGUGUUGGUCGAUGGUCUCAAUGCCGGUGGAAAAGUACCCGAUUUGCUCCGAUCUCAA